UCGCUCUUUCUAGUCACGGUUAUCAUGGUCUUCCCUUUGCAGAACGGACCCGCAUCCGUUGCCCAAGGCGCUCAGCUUAUAGUUCCUUCUCUUCUGCUUGCCUUGGGUAGAUUUCCACCCACCGACCUUUACGCACGUAGAGCAUUGCACCUUGAUUAAAGCUUCUUCAAAUCUCCUUGCGUACUUCUGGCUUGGUAAAUCUACUAACCCAACGUAAAGCAAGAUGGCAUCCUCCAGCCUCCAUGGCAUGUUCGACAUCCAAUCCGUGGCUCCUACCAAUCCUGCACCAACGUACCAGAAGAGUCAAGGCAAACAACCUCAUAUUGGAGUUCUGCCAGACAUCGAGCUUGAACCUAUCAAACCUGGCAAAGAUGCUAGCCAUGGAACCUACUUCGACCAACAACCCAAGACAGGCACCCAAACGCCCAAGACGCCCAAUGAGCUUGAGAUGAGCUGCCCGCCGGCCCAUAGGCAAGACGAAGCGGUCGGCCUAGUACAGACCUGGAAUAAUCCGCCGAUGAACAAGUGGAGGAUCUUAUGCUGUUGUAUGAUCUACUUUGGCAAUGGUCUCAAUGAUGCUGUCGUUGGUGCUCUGAUUCCAUACAUGGAAGCUUACUACCACAACUCCCAUACAAUCAUGUCCCUUGUCUUCGUUGGCAAUGCUGUGGGAUUCAUAGCUGCUGCACCUCUGGUGACAUGGGUGUUAGCCAAGCUGGGCCGAGCGAAGACGCUGAUAUACGCCGAAAUCUUCUUGAUUGCUGCCUAUAUCAUACUUGUCUGCACUCCUCCAUUCCCUCUUGUCAUCAUAGCCUUCUUCUUCAUAGGCUACGGUGCAGCAACUAGCCUUGCUCUGAACAAUGUGUUCUGCGCAAACAUUCAACCGUCAAGCGCCGUACUUGGAGCAGCUCAUGGUAGCUAUGGGGUCGGUGGUACUAUUGCACCCAUCAUUGGAACAGCCAUCGUCUCGCAAGGCUUGAUCUGGUCGCGCUUCUACUUCUUCCUGCUCGGAUUACGGUUUUGUUGCGUCGGUUUCGCAGCAUGGGCCUUCCACAACUACGAAGAGGACUCGUCUGACACACUCCUUACUGCCCUCGAAAUCACAGCCAGCCGACAGAAUGCCGCGGCCGAAUCUGGAUCGAAGAUGAAGGAGUUGAAGCUUGCUUUGCAGAACAAGGUCACCAUCAUUGGUGCGCUAUUCAUCUUUGCAUACCAAGGAGCGGAGGUUGCAGUCUCGGGCUGGAUCAUCUCGUACCUUAUCAAUUACAGAGAUGGAGAUCCGGCAAAAGUCGGAUAUGUGACAGCUGGUUUCUGGGCUGGUAUCACUAUCGGUCGAUUUGUUCUGACACACGCUGCACCAAGGAUUGGUGAAAAGAACUACGUGGUUGGACUCACUCUAGGCACUAUGGCUCUCCAACUGAUGGCAUGGCUGAUUCCCAACGUUAUUGGUAACGCCGUUGCUGUUUCUCUGCUGGGCCUCUUACUUGGUCCUGUCUACCCAUGUGCGCAGACCAUCUUUUCACGCCUCGUACCUCGCUAUCUACAAACGACAGCAAUCGGAUUCAUUGGAUCUGCAGGCAGCUCUGGAGGUGCAGUUGCUCCGUUUACCACAGGUAUUCUAGCGCAAGCGGUAGGAACUUGGGUACUUCACCCAGUAGCGCUGGUGUUAUAUGGGGCUAUGCUUGUAUGCUGGUUCGCACUGCCCAGAGUCAACAAGAGGACCGAGUAAGAUCGGGAAGACUGAUCAACAAAGUCGGUGAUCGUAGUUUGUAGUGCCGAUGUUGCACGUUGUGGGAGUGGAUGGCCUGAAGUUCGACAUGACAUCACACAUCGCAAUGUCGGACUUUCCGCAC